CAUUUAUUUUCGGCAAUGUAAAUUACAAGUAAAAUUAAAAUUUUAAUAAAUUAUUUUAAAUUAUAUCUUGUAGAACUAUAGAUAGUAAGGAGUUUUUAUGAUUCAUGUUAAGGUAGAAUUGUAACUUUAAUAUGGCUUCUUCGGAUUCAAUGUUUUUAUUUGAGUUCAUAGUUGAAAAAUUUAGGAGCGGCUUAGAUUCUGAAACCAUUUAUUUCAAGGCCAACUUCAAAGACGUGUUUGAUAUAUCCUUGGGCAACCAACAUGAAAUCAAAUCUAAGGUAAACAGGAAGAAAACUAAAAUUAGAAGUAUUAAAUCGAAAGAAGAGACGCGGAAAGUAUCAUUAACUAAAAUUAAAACAGGAGGGUCAAUAUUAAUAAGCAUGAUACCGCAACAACUUAUAAAUACUAUGUUUAACAAUGAAUUGGAAGUAUCUCUGUGGAAUAAAAAUUUAAAUAGAAAGCUCGGUUCAGUGAUGAUUCCUUGGGCACAGUCAUAUUUAAACUAUAUAUCAACUUUAGAAUACCAUCAAAAUAAGCUACCCGUGUAUGUGAGAAAAGUAUAUACCAUAUGCAAUAACUUCAAUAAAAAAAUUGCUUUAGUAAAAUUGAAAGUGAAGCUUUCAUACUUCGAAGCACAAAGAAAUAACGAACUAAUACCAAGGACUCUUUCUUAUGAUGUAACAAAGUCAUCAAAGCUAUCUGUAAUAAAUAAAAUUGAACAAACAUUAGAUAAACAGCAUGGCGUUAUCAAAACAACAUACAGCGGGAAUAAAAUUAUGAAAAGCACAAAAACAAAUAAAGAUUACAAAUCAAAACUUAAGCCAAUUUUUGAUAGUCAAAGUACAAAAAAUGUUAAGAAUAAGGAAAAGGCUAUAGAAGAAAAUAUAACUUCUGAGGAACAAGCAAAAGAUUAUGCGAAAUCGGAGAAGAUAAGAAAUACAAGAGUUUUGAGCAAGUCAAAAUCUUUGACAAAGAUUGAAAACAUGCGUUAUAAGCCCUUGCAUUACAUAUUUGGAGACCCAAAGGGGCAAUUUGGAGGUAAGACAUACUGUGUGAACUAUUGUACUGUGGAAAAAGAUUUAUCAAACCAAACAUCUAAAACUUCUAUAACUGACAAAUCUCCAUCGAAUAAAUCAAUCCCAUCCAAUAAAUCAAUCCAUCAAUCCAAAGCCAAGUUUAAAUUUAAGCCGUGUGAUAGCGAAUGUCAAGUUAUGAAAAACAGAUCGGGUUCUUGUCCAGCAAGUACGUGUACGUUAGACCUUCCUGAGGAAGCCGCUCCUCUAAUUAGUAUAGCGAAAUGUAAACAGGUAGUUUGUGAUAACAAACAGCACAGAGUACUUCCACCACCAGCGGAUGAUCGGAUUCUAUUAGAUCUAUCAAGUAUGGAAAGAGAUUGUUGUGAUCAAACUGAUAUGACCAAAAUGGUUGAAGAGGUAAUUGGUGGUGUGACAGCCAAGAUGAAAGUUGGUAAAGACCCUUGCUAUUGUUCGUGUGAAUGCAGAUUCGGUUUCAUGAAGAAAACGACAUACUGCGGAGUAUGUGGUGGUUACGAAAUGAUUGGAGAAGAAUUAGCAGGAAAACAGAUAAAAGAAGUAUUUCCAUGUCCAUAUUAUCAUAAACUUAUUGAUAAGAAUAAGUUAAAAACAUUGAGCACUACUGGAAGUGACAGUAAGAAGAAAGGUGACGAUGUAAGUGUAAAAGCGAUGAAAGUCAGUUCAAGCCAGAAAGCAACAGCAUCUGAAAAACGCACCCCAUCAGCUGUUACUGAAAAGAAAAGCGUUGAAUCCGAAAAAGAUAGCAAAAAAAGUAAAAAGAAAAAGAAAGAUGAUCGAUUUAAAUUCAAUUACGGCUAUAAAGCUCCUCAAAUUGGGCACAGUAGAUGUGCAUUUCCUUGUACUGGUACAUUGAAUAAUGUGCCGAAAAAGAUGGGUUGGCUCUGGACUGCUGAAGAUGUACCAGGAAUGAAGGUGAAAUAUGGGUGGAAACCUGGCGCGAUUUCCAAACGCCUCUUGAAAAUGCUUAAUAAAGCGAAAUUACGAAAAUCUGUCGUUACUGAAGUUAAACAAGUUAAACGACAAAAGAAACACACAGAACCCAAACCUCUUAUAACAGUUGACAAAACAAACGGGAAAUACCAUAUUGAAAUGCAAGUUUCUGAAAACGACGAACACACACCGUUAAUAUACGACAUUGAAAGUGUGAAUAACAAAGCCAAAUUGAGAAAGAGAGAGAAAUUACAGAAAUAUCUAACUUCCCAUGCUGUAAAAAAGGUGUGGACGGAUCCAUUUCACCCACAAAAUUGUGAAAAUAUUUGUCUUAAAUCGUUUUACGAAGCUAUGGGAAUGACAGCUCCAGAGACAGUUCCAGAAAACAUUGAAGAAACUAGUUGCACCUGUGAAGAUGAAGAGGUAUCAUCAAGUUGCGAUUCUUCAGAAGUCGAUUGGGUGAUACAUUUUACACCGCCAAUAUCUAAUUAUCUCCGUUCACAAUUAUCUAAUGUUGAAGAAAUAAACUUAAACCAACUGUUGUAA